GCAGCGGCGGAGGCGCGCUACGCUCGGAGCGCAGCAGCGCACGACGAGCACGAAAAAAACAAAACACAAGCGCGGAGAUCUUGUUGGUGCUGGUCACUUUUCUUCUCACGCUGUCGCUCACUGGCGUCCGAGACCCUUCAGCGUGACGGUAAACAGACGCCGGUGUGGAGAUUUACCCACACAUUGGCUGUGACUCUGCGGGAACACAGAGGAUCGUUAGCGAAGGAAACCGGAGUCUGUUCGUUUAGCACGAAAGGAAAAGCUCUCGGCGCGCGGCGGGGCUCGGAUUGAAGCCAAAGUUGGAGCACCGGCUGUAAUCAGGAGCCAGAUCCCCUACAAAGCCCUUGACAGAUCGCCAUAGUGGUGACCAAAAGGAGAUGAUGCAGCACUCUGCUGGAGACUGGAGCUAUGGGCCGGUGGAAGGGUAAUCGCCGGAGAAGCUCCUUUCCGAUGCCAGCUUAAGCCGCAGAGAGCGGAGCGAGGCGAGAAGCUGCAUGAACGUGCGCCCGACCCCAGCAUCUCCUGUGGCGCUGCUGGUCUGAGCUCCGCAAUGACAGUGGUGGCAGGAGACCACAUGGACGAGAGCUCGGCUCUGGCAGGCCACCCACAGGAGUCCUACGCCGCCGAGCACGAGGAGCACGAGUGUUGUGAACGUGUGGUCAUCAACAUCUCUGGCUUGCGCUUCGAGACCCAGCUCAAGACGCUUGCUCAGUUCCCAGACACGCUGCUGGGCAAUCCCAAAAAGAGGAUGCGCUACUUCGACCCAUUGAGGAACGAGUACUUCUUUGAUAGGAAUCGCCCGAGCUUCGAUGCCAUCCUCUACUACUACCAGUCCGGUGGAAGGCUGCGGAGACCUGUGAAUGUUCCUUUGGAUAUGUUCUCAGAGGAAAUAAAGUUUUAUGAGCUUGGUGUCGAGGCCAUGGAGAAGUUCAGGGAAGAUGAAGGCUUCAUCCGCGAGGAGGAGCGCCCACUGCCAGAGAAUGAGUUCCAGAGGCAAAUCUGGCUCCUGUUCGAGCAUCCUGAGAGCUCAGGUCCAGCAAGAGGCAUCGCCAUUGUGUCCGUUAUGGUCAUUCUCAUAUCCAUCGUCAUAUUUUGCUUGGAGACGUUACCAGAGCUCAAGGAGGACCCGCAGGGACACUUACAAACUAUAGGGAACAGCACCUUCUAUUACAAACCAAAUGUUCUCACAGACCCCUUCUUCAUUGUGGAGACUCUCUGCAUCAUCUGGUUCUCCUUCGAGUUGAUUGUGAGAUUCUUCGCUUGUCCAAGCAAGGCAGCCUACUUCAAAAACAUGAUGAACACAAUUGACGUGGUGGCCAUCAUACCAUACUUCAUCACGCUUGGCACAGAGCUAGCAGAGGAUCCCGAGAACGGGAGGGAACCGAAGGGAGGGGGAGAGCAAGCCACGUCUCUGGCCAUCCUCAGGGUAAUCCGUCUGGUCAGGGUGUUCAGGAUCUUCAAGCUGUCGAGACACUCCAAAGGGCUGCAGAUUUUGGGCCAGACUCUGAAGGCGAGCAUGCGUGAGCUGGGCCUGCUCAUCUUCUUUCUCUUCAUUGGGGUCAUUUUGUUCUCCAGUGCUGUGUACUUUGCAGAAGCUGAGGAGAAGGAGUCCUUCUUCACAAGCAUCCCUGAUGCCUUCUGGUGGGCUGUGGUUUCCAUGACCACUGUGGGCUAUGGGGACAUGUACCCUGUGACCAUUGGGGGCAAAAUUGUGGGUUCUCUGUGCGCCAUCGCCGGUGUGUUGACCAUUGCGCUCCCAGUGCCAGUGAUUGUGUCCAAUUUCAACUACUUUUACCACAGAGAGACUGAAGGAGAAGAGCAGGCACAGCUCCUCAAUGUAAGCAAUCCCAACAUUGCCACCGACUCCAGCUCUAGUCGGCGCAGCUCGUCUAUCGUCAGCAAGUCGGAGUAUGUAGAGAUAGAUGAGGACAUGAACAACAGCAUUGACAAUUUUAGAGAGGCAAACCUAAGAACUGGGAACUGCACCGUCAUGAACCAGAACUGUGUGAACAAGGGGAAGCUUCUAACAGACGUGUAAUGUUCCAGUUUCAUCUUGGAGAAACAUCUCAACCGUACCCAGUGUGUUAAUAAUACCAGAAUGCGUUAUUGCAUUGCUUUUGCUUUACCCUAUAUUUACGACAAGGGAUUCUUUCUACAGAUAUUUCAAACAGAUUGUCUAAAAUUAAGAUACUGUGGUUUAAAAUAUUCAAUUCUAAGAAAAUGCAAGCCCAAUGGGAGACUCUGCUACCUGUCAUCACCGAAACAAUUACACAUGGAUUUUUAUUAUAACACAUUGCACACGGCAUCCAGGAACGUGCAUCAGACCUUCUAGAGCAUCUGCAGAUACUGAUACGUGGUCUGCUUUUGGGGGAUAUGCGAUGUCACAUCUUGAGCUCCGCUGAGCAGAAUAGAUGCACCUUAUUGUAACAGGAAAAGCAUAGUGUUCCAGUCUCGCUCUAAGGAUUCAUGCUGGAUGGGUGGCACUUUUCUGGAAGACAUCUGCAAUGCUGCUAUUUCUCCCGCAGAUGCUAGGACUUUCGCCCCAUUAGUCCCAAUACCAUGUGAGACACCACAUGUAUUUUUGGGAGAUUAUAAGCAUGUUAAAAUAUUCUUUGUUUUUUGAUAUUGGCAUGCACAAACAUUACCUCAUUAUUUUCUUUUUCUUUUCUUUUUUUCCAUUUAUUUAUGCCCUCAGAUUUUAUCUCAUUUGGUUUCACCAAAAGUGCAAUGGUUAUUAUUUAUUGUUCCUGGUAUAAAUUAUUUAAAAGCAUUUAUGAACUGAAUGUUUAAUCUUAAGGUCAGAGCAGUUAAUUAUAGAGAUCGUGGCAUGUCAACUAUGAAGCAUUGAGGCCUACUCGACUCAGGUACUGUGUAUCCUGCUAUAAUUAAUGCAUGACAUCAGUGUUACGAAUUGAGAUUGGUUUGUAUGUAUUUGUAGAUUAAUGAAGGGAUACACCAAUCAGCCAUACCAUUAA